GAGGGGAGGGGGAUUGCGGAGGUGAGGCAAGAUAGGAAUCUGCAUCUCCCGACCGCCGGAGGCCCGCGGCGGGUCCUCGCCGGCGUCGCUACGGCGGCGGCUCUCGUCGCCGCAGCAGCAGCAGCCGGCGCCGGCGGCGACCCCGCAGCCGCCGCAGCCGCUGCCGCUCCUCCCGGAUCCGAAGAUGAAGGGGAUCUUCAAGAACAAGCCCCGGACUCCGGCCGACGUCGUCCGGCAGACGCGGGAGCUCCUCGCCUACGUCGAUAGCGGCGGCGGCGGCGGCACCGAGGCCCGCGAGGCCAAGCGCGAGGAGAAGGUGGAGGAGUUGUACAGAAAUUUAAGGGAGUUGAAGUCGAUUCUUUAUGGAGAUAGUGAAUCCGAGCCAGUCGCAGAAGCUUGUGCGCAGUUGACACAAGAGUUCUUCAGAGAAGACACAUUGAGGCUAGUGAUUCAUUGCCUUCCAAAGUUAAAGUUGGAGGCUCGAAAAGAUGCCACUCAGAUUGUCGCAAAUCUUCAAAGGCAGCAAGUUCAGUCACGAUUGAUUGCGUCUGAUUAUUUGGAAGCAAACUUCGAUCUUUUGGAUACUCUGGUAGCAGGUUAUGAUGACACAGAAAUGGCUCUGCACUAUGGUGCAAUGCUUAGGGAGUGCAUUCGUCACCAGAGUGUUGCGAGGUAUGUGUUAGAAUCCGAGCAUGUGAAGAAGUUUUUCGACUAUAUACAGCUUCCAAAUUUUGAUAUUGCUGCAGAUGCUGCUGCAACAUUCAAGGAACUGUUGACCAGGCAUAAAUCUACUGUGGCUGAAUUUCUGACCAAAAAUUAUGACUGGUUUUUCGCUGAUUAUAACUCCAAUCUAUUGCAAUCUUCCAAUUACAUUACCAGAAGACAAGCUAUCAAGCUUCUUGGGGAUAUUUUGCUGGAUCGUUCUAACUCAGCUGUCAUGAUGCGUUAUGUGAGCUCGAUGGAUAAUUUGAUGAUUCUCAUGAAUCUUCUCAGGGAGUCGAGCAAGAGCAUACAGAUGGAAGCAUUUCAUGUCUUCAAGCUAUUUGUUGCUAACCAAAAUAAGCCUCCUGGGAUCAUCAGCAUACUCGUCGCGAACCGAAGCAAGCUUCUUCGGUUAUUUGCCGAUUUCAAAUUCGACAAAGAGGACGAACAGUUCGAGGCAGACAAAGCUCAAGUCGUGAGAGAAAUCUCAGCCCUCGAACCGCAUGAUCGAACAUGAGAUCGGAUUCGUCCUUUUUUCCUUAUUGUCCGGGCCAGGUCUUCAUGUUUUGUGGCUAUAAUUCCGGGCCCCCUCUCCUGUACUAUGCUGCCGAGCUCCCGUGAUGUGAAAUCACACACUGAAUGUAAAUUAUCCCCCCCCACACAAAAAUAAAACCUAUCCCGAGAGGGGGUUUCGAUAAGAUCUCCUGGUGGUCCCAUGGGAUCAGUUGCUCCUUCAA